UCCCGUCGCUAGCUGAGAAGCAAAAGAACAAGUAUCACCUCCACCGGAAUUUCAUAGACCCCACACUCGCUCCACAACCAUCGCCACUGCACCACCACCAGUCAAAUCUAAUCUCUCCGCGGAUUAUUAUUUUCAAGAAGCACUUCUUAUUUUAAGAGAUCACUUCACGAAUUAUGCAAUUUGUCGGUGAGGCGAAGUGAAAUUUAAGUGGUGUCCAAUUUGAUGCAAUCCGAUUAGGAUCACAUCCGAGCAAGCUACAAUCAUUUGUGUGAAUUUUUUUCAAAAGGGGUGGUCAUCUUUCGGAAUUAGUUGAGAGCAAUGUUGAAGUAUUUGUACAAAAUUACAUUUCUGUGAAUUAGUGAAUGAGCAGGCAGAGGAGUCUUUAAAGAAAGAAGGAAGGAAAUUGAGUCGGAGAAAGCGAGUGAAAGUGAAAUAUUCCUGCCUGACAAUGUUAGUACCUCAGGAUAUGAUGGGCGCUCAGUCCAAGAUGCUCUACCAAUUGAAUAAGUAUUACGGCGAGCGGGUUCAAACGCGGAAGGGUGGGAUUGCAAAAACCAUUCGUGAAGUGUGUCGCGUUGUGCAGGAUGUGUUGAAAGAGGUCGAAGUUCAGGAGCCUCGGUUCAUCUCAUCCCUCACGGAAUGCAACGGGAGGUACGAGGGGAUGGAUGUCGUUUCCCCCACAGAGUUUGAAGUCGUGCUCUAUCUGAAUCAAAUGGGAGUUUUCAAUUUCGUGGAUGACGGCACUUUGCCGGGAUGUGCAGUUCUAAAGUUAAGUGAUGGGAGAAAACGCUCCAUGUCGUUGUGGGUGGAGUUUAUAACUGCGAGUGGUUAUCUGUCGGCGAGGAAAAUUCGCUCACGUUUUCAAACCCUGGUGGCUCAGGCGUGUGACAAGUGUUCGUACCGCGACUCGGUCAAAAUGAUUGCAGACACGACCGAGGUCAAGUUGAGAAUUAGGGAGAGAUUUGUAGUGCAAAUCACCCCGGCUUUUAAAUGUUCGGGUGUUUGGCCCAGAUCUGCAAGUCACUGGCCGCUGCCUCACAUUCCUUGGCCGCACCCCAAUCUGGUCGCUGAAGUGAAAACUGAAGGUUUUGAUCUCCUCUCCAAGGAGAGUUUGUCAAUGCAGGGAAAGCAAUCAGCAAUGGAAGGGGAUGCUUGGGUAUUGUCUUUCGCCGAGGCCGAGAACCGACUUUUGCAGGGAGGAUGUCGUAAAAAGUGUCUCAGUUUAUUGAAAACACUGCGAGACAGACACUUAGAUUUGCCAGGAAAUCCAGUUACUUCAUAUCACAUGAAGUCCCUGCUACUCUACGAGUGUGAGAAGCACCCUCGGGAAGUGGAGUGGGAUGAGACUUGCUUGGGAGAUCGAAUCAACGGGAUUUUUCUCCAACUUAUUUCUUGUCUCCAGUGCCGCCGAUGCCCGCACUAUUUCCUCCCCAAUCUGGAUCUUUUCAAAGGAAAGUCUCCAAGUGCGUUGGAAAAUGCAGCAAAACAAUCGUGGAGGUUGACACGGGAGUUGCUGACAAAUACGAGGUCUCUUGAAAAACUUUAAAGCCAUUUCCACCUUCUUCUUAUUAUUAUUAGCAUUUUAUUAUGGUUAGCUGUCCUCUCGCUCUGUAUUACCGUUUAUUAUUCUAGUGUUAUAACAACUAGGCUACACACGUGUUUUGAACUUGAAUAUGAUGAAAUAGUCAGAAAUGAAAUAUGGAAGCUUAAUUGACUUCUUGGGUUGGGCAGCAGGAGAAGAAUAAUAAUAAUGAAAUAGUUAUAGUUAGCAACUUUCACUAGACACGAGAGCCCUUGGUACCAGCAUAGCGUAGCAUAUUCAAAUAAGUAUCCAAAGAUAAACCAAAUCUUUUUACUGUUAUUUCAAAUUUAGGCAAGGAGUGUAAAAUAAAGGCUUUAAUGUAAAAUUUCAUGUUGAAAUACUCGCAUUUUUAUCAUGAAUAUUGGAUCUUUACGAUUUUUGAGGAGGUAUAAAAAUACUUGUUAAAAAAUUCCAAUAAUCAUUGCAUAGCUUUUGCACAGCAUCGAUAUAUAGUAUUUGCAAUUUUAAUCGUGCAAAAAGUCCCGAGUAGGAAUAAAGUAAAUUAACCUGCAGUUUUUAUUCGUAAAAUCAGGCUAGUUGGUUUUCUCAUAAGAAUCAAGCGCAAUGAGUAGUCGAAACCAUUUAAAAAAGUUAAAUUAACCGUAGCAUUGAGCAAGUGGUGCAAAUUUCCAGAAAUAUUAGAAUGAACAGCAAUGCGUUUAUAAUACUCAUCAUACUCGUAGUUGAGGCUAAACUUAAUAAUACUACCCUCUUCUUCUCUUGUUGAAAUACUUGAUAAUUUCCAUGUUAAUAAAAUGUCGGUUACUAGUAGUUAGUCUAAGUUAUGGAAAAGACGGUACUACUAAAAUUUUGCUUUGUUGUUAAAAAAUGAACUCACUAAAAAAAGUCCGACAAAAUAAAUGCUUCUCGGCAUGGAGGAAAAGUUACAAAAAAA